UGCUGAUCAUAUGCAUGCAGCCCGGUUUUGUUAUUGUAGACACUGACUGCCUGACAUUAUAUUAUACUGGUAAUGCUCAUUGCCUGGUUGGUGGUGGCAGGAUUCUUCGGCUCACGUUGUUAGCUCAUAUGCUGGUUGGUUGGUGUACGAAGAGAAUUUACCUGUGCGACAGUUAGUUCAUUCAUUCAUUCUGGAGUGUCGGUCGUGGUUGAACCAUUAACCAUUGGCUGCUGUAGGUGAUCUCUGCCAGUGCUCUAGGAACCAAGAAAUGGAUAUUAUGAGGAAUUAUUUUAAACUGGAUUAAUCUUGUGAACUUGCCUGAGGAGUUCCUGCAAUGCCAUCAUCCUCAGAAAACAGUAUCCUUGUAAGUGAUAAUGAUGAUGAAGCUGAAGAAAGACUAAAAAGAGGAUGUGAGAGCUUCUUCGCAAUGAAGGGUGCAGCCAUAGUCCUCCCGCACUCCAAAGAUACCAAACGACCCAUCAAAAAGCACCCAGGUUCGGACCCCUCUUCCAGUCAUUCCGCUACCCCUAUCGAACUCAACCUCAUCCCCUCCGGGCCCCCUCUUCCAGAAGCUCUGGUUGGAGAGUUGCAGCAGCAUUUACAAUGUAUAUUCUGGAUCCUGAGGCCCGAGGACACCAUCAAAAUGGCUGUCAGACUGGAGUCAUCCUCAGACAACACCAUCCGUUACAUGGUGCUGGUCUCCUGCUUGGAUACGCAUCAGAACACAGAGGAGACCAUCAUCCUGGGCAUGGAUAUCAUCCAGAACAAGGCCACCAUCGGACUGGUCUUACCCAUCUGGGCGGAUAGCAUCAUCCAGAUGGAUGGAGAUGGAGGAUUCUCUGUGACGACGGGGGAGAAGAUCAACGUCUUCAAGCCAGUCUCUAUACAAGCCAUGUGGUCAGCGUUGCAAGCCCUGUACAGAGCGUGCAACCUGGCCCGGGUGCACAACUACUUCAUCGGAGGCCUUCACAUGACGUGGAUCGGCUUCUACCAAAGCAGCGUCUCAUCACCUUACUACUGUCUCAAGGAAUGGGAGUAUCUUCCAGACAUGACGUCCCCACAGAGUGAUGAGAUCAACUAUCUAUACCACAGAGACCGUCGCUACUGUCCUACAGAAGAUGAACUGAUCAGAAGAUUUAUAUUCGUCAAGUUAAAAGAAAUCAUGAUUCAAUGUGACCUUGAAACCGUUACCUCAAAAAUGGUCAGGAUUAGUCUUGAAAAAGAGAUAGGCAAGGAGUUGAAAGAGUACAAGCGAUUCAUUGAUAAACAGAUCCUUCUUAUCUGUGGCCAACUCGACUCUGCUUCAAAGAUAUUUGACCAUAUAUACUUGGGAUCUGAAUGGAAUGCGUCAGAUCUUGAUGAAUUGGAGGAAAAUGGAGUGGGCUACAUCUUAAACAUCACCAAAGAAUGCGAUAACUUCUUCCCGGAACGUUUCAAGUAUUGCAACAUCCGCCUGUACGACGAUGUGGAGGAAGACCUCUUGAAUCACUGGAAUACCACCUACCUCUUCCUCUCAAAAGCCAAAGAGGCAGGUUCCAAGGCUCUAGUUCACUGUAAGAUGGGAAUCAGUCGAUCUGCUUCAACGGUGAUAGCCUACGCCAUGAAGGAGUACGGGAUGACCUUGGAGUAUGCCUUGGACUUUGUCAAAGCGAAACGAUCCAUCAUCAGACCAAACGAUGCCUUCAUGAAGCAGCUCCAAGUCUAUGAGGGAAUCCUAGAAGCAAGUCGUCAGAGACACACGAUGUUCCGCAGUAAAUCUGAGAGUUCCCUGAGUCGCAGUGAAUCCGUGGAGUGCCUGGCAAGUGUCAAACCUCCUGAAUUCGGCAGCACUGAAGACCUCUCACCCCGAGGUAUGCCGAGAAACAAGUCUUUCUCUGUUCGAGAGAGAAAGAAGAAGAUAGAGGAGUUGGACUCACCCGAGGGUGCUGUUGGAGGACCAUCAUUCUUCAUUGGACCGGAUCCAACUCACCUAGGAGCAGGAAAAUAUGUGAUGGACACUGGUGAGCCAUUGUGUGAGGGUGCUGUUGGUAACGACCCUGGUGUCAGCGAUUGCAACGAUUUCCAGGUCUUAGUUCCCCCGACGGUCAGACCGAGCUCCAUCGUCAAACUGCAGAAGGAAGGGGCAUUAGCCUUAGGGGAUGUCCCUUUCGUUGUCGCGACUGAACCUGCGGCGUUGUCGUCUACAGUACUGUCCUCCUCUAAAGAGCCGGUGAGUAGUGAAGCGGACACUGUGGAAGGCUCUAGCAUGGAAGAUACCAUGCUGAAUACGAACAACAAUAGUGCGAAUGAACUCUCCUUAGACGGCUCUGAUGAGGAUAUGUACCAGAGGACAAGCGUCAAGUCAAAGGUCACUGAAAUAGAAAGUAGUGUAAUGGGCGCAAUGGACGCAACCGAAGAGGAAGGUGAGGGGGAAGGGGAAAGUGAAGUAGGGGCGUACAAGAGGGAGUCGAUCCCUUGGAAUCCUGGAACAGUACUACGACAGAAGCAGGAGAUUGAGGAGAAGAUGAGGGACGGGAGUCCUACAUCGUCAGUGUCAAUGAAGUUUGAUGAUGAGGGUGAGGAAGGAGAUGAGGAAGGGAGAUCAGAAACACAAGUUGUCUCCAUCGUGGAUGAGCUGGCCUCAUCUGCAACUGGGAGCACUCAAGAUGACUUGAUUGAUUCACCAGGAACAAACCGUAAAGACUUAGAUGUAAAUAGGACUGAAGGUGGAGAGUGUGAAAAGAACCAACAAGAUGGGGAAAAUCGCAGUGUGGACGAUGCAGAGAAUGCGUCGGCGCCUAUGGACGUAACUGAGACGACAGGCGACAACAACAGAUCGUCUGUCUACACCACUUCGGGCGAAGAGAUCCAGCUCUCGAUGGGGUUGGUGGAGCGACAUAAGAGAGAAUUUGAGCAGAAGACUGCAGCGGAGGUGCUCCAACAGGACACAGAGACCGAUGCUGCAGUGGACGAUGCAACGGAUUUACCGUGCGGUGCUCAGGGCAGUCCUGGUGUGUGUGAACCGUUAGAGGAAGAGAGAAUGGAUGUCCAGGAGGAGGAGGGUGGUUGCACCUCAACGGUGUAUCCGGAUGAAGCGAGCGGCUGGAAAGUUGGAGAUGUGAGGAGACACACCAUGGAACUUGAAGAGAGGAUGGAACUGGCUUCGUCACCAAGUCCCACCAAGAAGUCAGUAUUCUGGCAGGAUCGUGACGGAGACGAGCAAUCAGAGCUGACUAGCGAGGAGCUGAGAAACAUCCAAGAGAUGGACAUUCCUCUCAGAUCAUCCAGUCCUGAUGGUGUGACGAUGGAUGCGGAAGCAGGGGAGUCAGAAGUUCUGGUGGGUGUGGCAGAACAGGUCAAGCAACUAGAAUUGAGAAGAUGCCGCUCCAUAGCAAAGAUGUCCAACGAAAAAGUCAAGACUUUGAGAGCGUUGAUUGGAGUGGGGGAUGAAAAGCCUGUCAGCGAGUCUAGCUCAUCAGCAGAAGCUACGUGCAAGUCAAUGGCAGAUGAACCUCUGGUUGAACUGAAUCCAGACACGGUUAGACUCUUUACCAGUCAGAUAGGUUGCGAGGUCACGCUAGACCAGAAAGCGGCGACGGGAGAGAGAAAAACACGGAAGAGCGAGUCAGACAAGGAAACGCCCAGCUCCUCAGGGUCAAAGAUCAAAUCGCAGCAUGGCCCCUCCCAUCCCUUGCGCAAGCUAGCACAAGGGGGUGCAACAGGGCGGGGCACACGAGGGAAAUUCUAUAGUACCAUGUGAUUGUUUACAAAAUCAUUGUCUUCCAUCCGUUGAUCAAAAAGUGCUCUGUACAAGUGUGUGUCUUACUGUGUAGCUCUUAUGUUUAGAUUUCCUUUCAAUAGACAAAGCUUUUACACGUAUGUCAAAUAUGAUGAGAUAUAAAAGCUGUACAAUCAAUGUUCGAUGGUUGGAUUAGAUUAUUUCUACUGGAAACGGCAGGGACGUGUCGCAAAUAUAUGUUGAAGUAAAUUGGUUUAUAAUAAUGCACAGUGUUGGUAAAAGCCAAAGAGGUCAACAUAUAUUUCUUUCUUCCAUUUUCCUCAUGUUUGGAUACACCUAAGAAGAACGCAACCCAGCUAUUAUAGUUAGCUUCGAUAGGCAGGAUUUCUGAGAAAUCCUUUGUUUUGUGGUUUUUUCCAGUAUUGAUCCCAUUUUAGAAAUUUAUAUUUUGUUAAAGCUGAUACAAUAUCUUGUUGAGAUAAAAUGAAUUGCAGCUGAGCUUUUAAUUCACAUUGAUAAACUUCAGAAACAACAAUUUUCCACAAGAGAAAAGGGUAUUGUAAGAGCAAAUACUUUAAUAGAUAACCCCAACCUAUGUUAUCAUUUCUUUGCUUUCAAAGCUAGUUAAGGAGACCUGGGCCCCAUCUUAUAAAGAGUUGCAAUUGAUUUGAAUCGAUCUCAAUUUGAAAUUGAUUGCAACUCCGUACUAAAGAGAUAGGAGAUGCUUUUGACAUCAAUUGCAAAUUAUAUGUAAUCAGUGGCAAAUAUUUUAUGAGACGGGCCCUGAUUUUCGAUUUGUCAUAAGCCAACCAAAGACAUAUACACCAAACAAUAAGACCUCAUCCAACAUUGUGUAUUACCCUAAAGCACCGUCACUCCUUUUUAAUAUGAAUAUAUGGCAUAUCAUUUGUGGAAAGAAAACUUCUUUUUUUGAUGUUAUCUGUUCAUGCAUAAUUACAUAUGAAUGAGUCAAUGAAUUUAGUGUGAAUUUUCUUUUCCUUCUUCCUCUUCUUCUCCUUCACCUUCUUCUUCUUCUUCUUUUCCUUCUUUUCCUCCUUUUCCUUCUCUUUUUUCUUCUUCUUCUUCUCCUUCUCCUUCUUCUUCAUCCUAGAGGCAGAAAUAUUUCUAUAUUUCCAUUUUCACCCUCUUUUUCUUGUCACAGUGCUUCAGAUUUAAAAACCUUAAGAAUCUUCUCUCUGUUAUAGUUAUUGCAAGGACGUCUAUGUUCUUUUGAAUUUACUGAAAUCUUAACAAUUCUAUGAAAUACUGAUCAUGCUAUUUAAAGUCAGGCUGGUUAUUUGAGGAUGUUUUUGCUCUCUUUUGUUAUAUAGAUUAUAUGAAAAUGAAGGAUGUGUCACAUUUCUUCAAGCAUUAUGGAGGUUGAGACGCUACAGAACUAUUCAAAGAUAAAAGUUGUGUGUGUAGUGACAUCUUGAAAGUCGCAGGUUGUACCUAUGUGUAGACUGUCUGCUGUGAAGUGGUGCUAGGACAUGUGUGUUCAGAAAGAAUGUGAAACUAUAUGUUUAGUCUUAAGUGGUAUGAAGGUUUCGACAAGAGAUUUAAUGUGGUCUAGUCCAAGAAGGGGUUUAUGACAUAUGAAUUCAUAAGCUUAUGAUGUUAAGGUACUGUUGUUGUUUACAUGUACAUCAUUUUGUGAUUUGUGACAAGCUUUAGCUCAUUGUGUAAGGCUUGACUGUGUGAAAGAUGCAAUGGCUGGUGUUCAGUCUAUUACUUUUGUCUGGUAAAUUGAUUUGUUCAUGUUUCUUUCAUCUUUCAAUAUUAAUCACUGACAUGAUGUAGGCCGAGAAUCAUCCAUUUCCACAUGCUUAGAAUGAUGUUGGGAUAACAUGUCGUAAGAAUACCUAUCAUCAUUAUGCAGUAUGUCUUUGUAAUAAUGUGCAUUUUCAUGAAUGUUACUGAACAAUUAGCAAUAAUCAAAUAAUAAUUAAUGAUUUCUAAAAAUAUGAAAAGAUAAUAUGUAUGUAUGUAUAAAAUUGCCUAAAUUGACUUAAUAAUAUUUCUUGUGGUUAUACCAAUUCUGACCUUCCGCUAACACUCCAAAGUUAGGUAUUACUAGAAAUAUUUGACGAAGAUGAAGAUAAUUCCAUUGAGAAACUCUGAAAGACCAACAUGUUUUGACUAAUACCGAUAACCAUGUUUAUUUUUGUCUCAGUCUACUUUUAAAAAAAAAUGAUUCCAGUCUUUCCAUGCAGUAUAUUAAUAAACAAUAAUUUGUGUGUAUUUGAUUUAUUAUAAUGAUCAAUAUUAUUCUUUCUAAUUACAUUUCUCUAAAUGUAGAUUUAGAAUUAAUAAGCUUUGA